GUGAAAGAAAAAAUCGAUAAUAAUAAAUUAAAUUAGAAAAAAACCAAGGAUGAAUGAAAAAUAAACAAAGUAGUACGAUUUAUUCGAAAUAAUUUCGAUACAGAAACGAAUCAUUGACUUAACAAAUCAAGCAAUCCAGGUUAUAACAUUGUUAUAUCAUCCGGACAGGUACUCUAGGUGCUGAUAGGGAAAUUUAAAUGUAACUGAAUCUCCAGGUACUGCGAGAUGGUCCUCACCAAGGAGUACAGGAUCUGCAUGCCACUUAGCGUGGAGGAGUAUAAAAUAGGCCAACUUUAUAUGAUAGCAAGACACAGUUUGGAACAAACUGAGGCAGGGAAUGGCGUAGAGAUAAUAGAAAACAGAGAACAUGUCGACCCUGUUCAUGGAACAGGCCGUUACACAGAGAAAAGGAUCCAUUUGAAUGGUAGCCUGCCAUACUGGCUUCAGGCGAUAUUGCCAAGAGUGUUCUACAUUACUGAAAAAGGUUGGAAUUAUUAUCCAUACACUGUAACUGAAUAUACAUGUUCAUUUGUACCAAAGUUUAAUAUGACUAUUAAAACAUCAUUUGAAAACAACAACGGUUGCACCGAAAAUUGUUUAAACUUGAGCGAAGAGGUUCUCCAAGAAAGAACAGUUGAACAUAUCGAUAUUGCGUAUGAUGAAAUAAAUCCAAAACAUUACAAAGAAGAAGAGGACUUGAAAUUCUUUAAAUCCAAAAAGACUGGGCGGGGUCCAUUAGCUGAAAACUGGAAGGAAUCAACUCAUCCGAUAAUGUGCUCUUAUAAAGUCGUUCAGACCUCUUUUGAAGUCUGGGGACUUCAGACUAAAUCAGAAGAGUUAAUUCAGAAGAUCAUGAGGGAAAUUUUAGCAUUGGGCCAUAGGCAGGCAUUCGCUUGGAUAGAUGAAUGGUACGACAUGACUCUCGAAGAUGUCAGGGAGUUUGAAAAGAAGAUUCACUCUCAGACAAACGAGAAGAUAGUUCAAUCCGAUCCACCUGCAUCACCAGUUUCUCCCCAUACACCUACGUCAAAACCAUCUACACCACCAAUUGCAAAAUCCUGGUUUGAUUGGGGUUGAGCAUUUUCUGUAACAAUGAAGUGUUUAUUCUAGAAACUUUAAUUGUUCAACCAUUGAAUGUUAUUAUCCAAUUUCUUUUAAUUGGAGUGUGUGAUUGUCAGUGGUGUGUUGCCGAAUUUUUGCAGUAUAUUAUACCAACUUGUUACAA